ACUGGAGAGAGAGAGAACGAGCAACCGGACACAAGAGGGACAAGACACAGAAUGGGAGUCUGCUGGAGCUCCUGAAGGCUCUCUCUCCCUCUCACACACACACGCGCACAUUCACACACUCUGUACAACCGCAUUCUCAGUGUAGACGAUGGCACAUCUGUAGCAUCACGAGUUGUCCGUACAGAAUUUGAGGUGCCUGUUGAAGCCGGAGGAGAGAAGAUGAACAUGGUGGGAGACUGGAGGGCACUUCAGAAAACCAGCACCUACCUUGUGCCAUGCUUCCUGAUGGUGGAGCUGGUGAUCCUGGCAGGAACGGUUCUGCUGGCGUACUACUUUGAGUACACGGACACGUUCCCCGUUCACAUCCAGGGGUUCUUCUGCUACGACAGGACGUUCUCCAAGCCGUACCCAGGACCGGAGGAUGACAGCAAGGCACCCCCGGUGCUUGUCUACUCACUGGUCACUGCUAUACCGACCGUUACGAUCCUGAUAGGUGAGGUGACCAUAUUCUUUGUGAAGUCCGAGGGGGCUCAAGAGAAGACCAUUGUGACGGCAGACUGCUGCUACUUUAACCCCCUCCUCCGCAGAAUAGUCCGCUUCCUAGGUGUCUACUCCUUUGGCCUCUUCACGACCACCAUUUUUGCAAACGCCGGCCAGGUGGUGACAGGAAACCAGACGCCUCACUUCCUGUCCGCCUGCCGGCCCAACUACACGGCGCUGGGGUGUCAGUCCACCAUGCAGUACAUCACGGAGCGUCGCGCCUGCACAGGAAACCCCUACCUGAUUGUGUCCGCCCGCAAAUCCUUCCCCUCAAAAGACGCUGCUCUUAGCCUCUACUCAGCUGUCUACACUGUGAUGUACGUGACGCUGGUGUUCCGAACUAAGGGGACACGUUUGACCAAGCCGACCUUGUGUCUGACCCUGCUGUCGCUGGCCGUGCUGGUGGGCGUGGUCAGAGUGACGGAGCACAGGAAUCACUGGGCCGACGUCCUGGCUGGAUACCUGACCGGAGGAGCCAUCGCCACCUUCCUGGUGACAUGUGUGAUCAACAACUUCCAGCAGACCCAGAUGGCACUGCCCCCCUUGCCCCCCCAGCCACCUGUGCCCCCCCUGGGUAUGCCCCUGGUCACCUUGCCCCGCGUGGAGGGUCCACUCGAAAAGUUAAGUGGCACCCAGGUUCCCGGACUACCGUACUCUGAGAUCACAUGACCAUCAGCCAUACCAGUGCCCCGCCCCUCCCGAUGUGCUCCUCCCCUCGCGGCGCUGCAUCACCAGCGCAGUCUAGACCUGCCCUCCGAGCGCCCCGCCCCCUGCCCCGCCCACCCCGAGGGACGGCCCCCUCUCCGACGAGCAUUCUCCACCCAGGUGUAGCUCCCCCAGCGGUCGACCCCGAGCAGCAGCGUCGCCACGGAGACACCCGGAGACACUCAGUUCCUGUUUGAGAGCCAAUCGGAGACGGAGCCCCGCCCCCCAACUGCUUCUGUCCUGUUCUCUGUUUUGUCAUUUUUAUUCACAACAACACAGCAAAUGACUCACUAAGGCAAAGACUUUGAGAGCUGUGUAAGCAAUACUUUUCCUUGCGUUUUUGUCUUUGUCUACUCUCACUUUCUUUUCUUAUUGAGAUGAGUCAACAGUGAUUUAAAGACAAUGAUCAAAUGAGACACUUGGUCAACGAUGAUUAAUUGCUUGGAGGACCUGUUUGUGUAACUCAGGAAAAAAAACGAAGACAAAAUAAUACAAACACAGACUACCCGAGUGGAAGCACCUUUGUAAAUGUUGGAUGCGUAUUAGCGUGCGUUGUGUAUUACUGUGCUAUAGAGAUUUUUUAUUUUGUUGUUUUCUUUGUAUUGGUGCAAAAGAGGACAAUUCCCCACCUUCACAUUAUUGCUGUCAUGGGCCGCUCCCAUUACUUUCUAAGGAACCCUUUGUUUUGUGAUUAUUGGGGAAAGGACACCAAUUCCC